UCAAAUCCAUUCAAUUCAACAGUCGAACGUAUUUUUGUUUUAAGAAAUUGACCUUCGCAGAGCACAAUCAAACAGUUAUUUUUUGUCGUUGAACUCGUAAUUUGAGUGUAAUUCAUUGUUCAGCUGAACGUAUAUUGCCCACUUGAUUCCCUGUAAUAUAUUUAUGUUGAUGGGUCGAAUACUUUCAUUGCGAAAAUGGACCGGAUAAUAUCACUGAAAAAGACUGAUUCCAAUUCGUUGCUCAGCAACACAAGCAUAUCAUCGGAACUUGGCUAUGAAACUGCUCAAGACGACAGCAUUUCGUCAUUGUACUAUUCGAUUAAUGAUGAUACCCUAACCGAAUCUCCAAAUUUAUCGGAUCAUGAUGCAGAACCAACUACUGUUUUGGAUCACGUUUUUCAAUCACAUCCCAUCGGAGGGCCUUCCACUGCGACAUCGGUCGGAACGAAUUCUUUAAAGGAAAUUUCAAUCGGCCAGGUGACUUCAACGGAUAAUCCUCAACCGAUUUAUUCGUCCGGUCCUGAUGACAUUGCCGAAAGGUCAAUGGUAGCUGUGCCAGCAAUUCCGUUGAUGCAAAGUAUACAUUAUGGACUGGAUGCAAAAGACAUGGAUGCUGUAGCUGCAGCACAAAACAUAAUUUCUACAUUACCGCCCCCAAAUAAUAUUGCUGGUAGUUCCCGAAUAGUGCAGGAACUUUACGUCGUAGCAGUGUCUCAACGGCAAACACACAGAGCGCCGGAGCUAGGCCGAGCCGCACGACGCGCAACAGUACGAUUUCAAGACAAUCCACCACGUCGACAUGAAUCGGUGGUUCGUCGUGAGGUGUCACGAAGAAGUGAGAUGCCUCGUCGAUCGGUUUUGCCGUUGGCACGUCGAACCCAGGCGGAGCCUAAUAUUAACGCCAGAUCAAUGCCACUCGGAACGCUUACGGACAACAAUGCAGGAGCAAAAGCCGAGUCACACGUCUGUGAUAUAUGUAAGAAAUCGUUUCCAUUAAGAUCGACAUUGAAUGUACAUAAGAGUUCGCACAAAAUCGACUGCAAAUAUUGCGAUCGAAAAUUCCAGAAGCCUUUGGCCCUGUCAAUUCAUUUAAAAGAAAAUUGUCAAAAAAUUCCAUCAGCCAUACGGCGAAAGAUCUUAACCAAAGAGUUCAAAAAUGUCUCGUCGAGAAUGUGACUUAAUGUUAAAGUAGCGAUAGGCUCAGGUGUGUAUUUAUAUAGUCGUUUCCGAGUCGGUUUAUAUAAUUUGAAUUUUUACGCGAAAGCGCAAUAACGUUUAUCGAACCAGCAAAAUAAAUUCUUUCUUCCAAUCCAAUUCUGGCAAUUGUGUCCAAUCAUUUG